UAAACUGUGCUCUUUGUUUAUACUGUGCUUGUCUCUUCCGAGUCAUCUCUUCCUUCCUUCCAAGUCUCUCUCUCUCUCUCGCCGGAGCGCCGCCGGAGGAGGACCCAUGAAGAUAAUGGUGGCCGUCAAGCGCGUGGUCGACUACGCCGUCAAAAUCCGAGUCAAACCCGACAAGACCGGCGUGGAGACCAAGAACGUGAAGAUGUCGAUGAACCCGUUCUGCGAGAUCGCGCUAGAGGAGGCGCUCCGGAUCAGGGAAUCCGGGCUGGCCUCGGAGGUCGUGGCCGUCAGCAUCGGGCCCGCCCAGUGCGUCGACACGCUGAGGACGGGGCUCGCGAUGGGCGCCGACCGAGGGAUCCACGUGGAGUCCCAGGACGGUCUGAACCCGCUGUCCGUCGCCAAGGUCUUGAGGGCGCUCGUGGAGGCCGAGAAGCCGGGGCUUUUCAUUCUUGGCAAGCAGGCCAUUGAUGAUGACUGCAAUCAAACAGGGCAAAUGCUUGCAGGGCUGCUGAAAUGGCCACAAGGAACCUUUGCUUCUAAGGUUACCCUGGACAAAGAAAAGCAAGUUGCGACUGUGGAUAGGGAAGUGGAUGGUGGCAUUGAGACUGUGCUUUUGGACUUGCCAGCAGUCAUUACCACUGACUUGAGACUGAACCAGCCAAGGUAUGCAACGCUCCCCAACAUCAUGAAAGCGAAAUCCAAGGUCAUAAAGAAGUACACCCCAGGAGAUUUGAAUGUCGAGAUGAAGUCUGAUUUGGAGGUCCUUCAAGUGACGGAACCACCCAAGAGGAAAGCGGGGGUCAUCAUCUCCUCCGUCGAUGAGCUAAUUGACAAGUUGAAGGACGAAGCUCGCGUCAUCUGAUUCCUUCUCAUAUGUCCAGUUUAACAGCUUCUGUAAUUAUUCUAGCCAAAUGGCAAACCCCUUCAUGAAAAGGGAUAUCGACAUGUAUGUCAUCUGUUCAUUGGAUGAUGGUUCCAGUUUAAUAAAGUUCAAUCUUUGACAUGGUC